AUGCAAUUAAUACCGGUUGAAUUGAGUAAAGAGACUCUGAGUGGAAUCUCUGGAUCCAUCUCGAUCUCGUGCUGGAUCAUUGUGUUUGUCCCUCAGAUUUAUGAGAACUUUUAUAGGAAGUCGUCCGAUGGAUUGUCGCUCUUAUUCGUGAUUCUGUGGCUAGCUGGUGACGUUUUUAACCUUAUGGGUGCAGUUAUGCAGCAUCUAUUGUCUACCAUGAUCAUUCUUGCCGCUUACUACACCGUAGCAGAUAUCAUUUUGCUCGGCCAAUGUCUUUGGUACGAUAAUGAGGAAAAACCAGCAGUGGACCCUAUCCAUCUUUCUCCAGCCAAUCCAAUAAAUGAAAAUGUUCUAACUGAUGUUUUCAACGAACAGCAGCCCCUUUUGAAUCCUCAAGGCCGGCCAAACCGUAUUGAUGAAGAAAUGGCUACCCCUUCGUCCAACGAUGACGUUGCUGAUGAUAAUCUACGUGAAGUCAAUUCAAGAAAUUUGGUGAAAGACAUUUGUAUUGUUGCAGGCGUAGUGUUCGUGGGCAUAAUUUCAUGGUACGUAACCUACUGUCUGAACCACACACAGCCACCUCCAACGGAGGAUCCACCUCUCCCUGUUCCUGAAUUGCAAAUCAACUGGAUGGCGCAAAUUUUCGGUUACUUAAGUGCCGUGUUGUAUUUAGGUUCGAGGAUUCCUCAAAUAUUACUGAACUACAAAAGAAAAUCUUGUGAGGGCAUCAGCUUCCUGUUUUUUCUGUUUGCCUGCUUGGGUAACACCACAUUUAUCUUCUCCGUUGUUAUCAUUUCUCUGGAUUGGAAGUAUCUAAUUUUGAAUGCCUCCUGGUUGGUUGGCAGUUCGGGUACUUUAUUCAUGGAUUUCGUCAUAUUUUCACAGUUUUUUACUUAUAAAAAGAACAAGAAAUUUAUACUAAAUUAA